CCACAACAAAAACAUCAACAGUGCUCAGCUGUUCGGUAGUUAACUAGCCGGCCUAGUUACUCAAUAAAUACAGGUUUUAUUUUUCAUUGACGACUUGCAUAAGUGUCGGUAUAGAUACUGAUACUCUCGACAGUAACGCUAUGCCAUUAAAAUCCUCAACAACAGGCAGUUACCAAGUGUAUAUUUAAACGCCUUUGUUUCCUCUAUGCUAGCUUCCUGCAGGUUAGCUUGUUUUCUAAGUGAGGACCAGGGGGAGCUUGUUCGGCUAAAAGACAGAAGCUGGGAGGUAACUAAUGGCGAAGAGCAAAUAACGGAGCUGCAGUAGGACCUACAGAAGUCAUGUUACAAAUCGACGUGUUACUGCGAUAAAGGUGAGCGCACUAUACCAAGCUGAAGACAUUUAUGGCAAAGCCAGACCACAAGACCACCCGGUGGAGAUUCUGACCUCCACCAAUGACCGCCAAAAUAAUUUCUUCAUCCGUCAUCAUGUCACCGCGAAAGAGACCCUUGGUCCCUGUAAGCAGCCGGCGGAAGACAGCUGACGACUACUUCCCUUUCAACUUCCUGCCGGUAGAGUGCCAGCUGCACGUCUUUUCCUUCCUCAGCGAGGUGGAUAAAUGCAGCUGCGCUUUGGUGUGCCUGAGCUGGAGCUGCAUCAUCCGCUCCUGGAAGCUGUGGCGGGUGGCAGACUAUUCCCGCCGCGGCGUCUUCCACCUGGGUCAGGAGGGGCUGCUGGUUUCCAACCGGGAGUUCGAGAGGUGGAAAUCCUGGGUGCACCAUUACACCCACCACCUCAUCUCCCGCAGGGCCAGCCUGCUCACGCUGAAGGCCAGCUUUGACCUGGGGGAUCGCUACAACAAGUGGAGCGAGCUGCUGAGUCACCUGCUGGAUAAUGUCCACUGCAGAGACCUUAGCCACCUGGACCUGAACUGGACUUUUACUCUGCUUGAGCCGCUGGACCUCAGGGUUCACUCCAGCUCCAGUUCACACCAGGACAGUAUUACCAAGAUGGACCAGCUGACCAGCUUCCAGGAUCUUCUGACCAAACUCACCCACAGCUGCCCUCGCAUCUCCAAGAUGCGGUUACACUUCGACUGGUCGGAUGUCUCCGUGUCGCUGCUCACCCAGUUCCAGCAGCUCAGAGUCCUCGAGCUCAAAUAUUUCUGGGUCUUUAAAGGGGUGACUCCCUCGACCCUGCAGACGCUCACCAAAUCCCUGCCCAACCUGAAGUCUCUGACUUUACACAUCCUGGUGCCAAUGAGGAGCCUGGGGAUCUCGUACACUCUGGAGUCUCAGUCACUGGAGUUCCUGGACGUGUCGCCGAGCCGAGGCUUGGUCUUCUCCUGUCUGAAGCUUCCCGCCCUGCGUGAGCUCCAAGCCAAGAAGAUCGUCCUCAGCAUUACACUGGACCGGAGGACCAGGCUGAGGAUCCAGAGCCGGUGGCCCUGCCUGUACCACGUCCUCCGGGAGGGGACGCCCAAUCUGCAGGCUCUCAACAACGAGAGGCUACUCCCCACGUGGAGAGAGGAGAGCUACGGAGAGCUGUCUGCCAUCCUGGAACAGUCCUGUUACUGUGUGCAGCAUCUAGACAGCUGGCUGUGGUAGCCUACCGAGUGAAAUUAAAGGAAGCGCACUCCACUGCUCGCCAUUGAUUGGUAGAAAGCAACACAUUGCUUUCACACACACUUGCUUAAAUGAAUGUACUCAGAGGGACACACUGUUGCACAUACUUGCAGGUAAAAACUGAGACUUGAAGAACAAUCAAAGGACUGCAAGCUGUUUCCAAUUCUUCAACAGGAAGCUGCUGUUACACUUGGAAACACUGUCGAGACAAUGAUACACUGUUUUGUUUUGUUUUUUUAUCAACCAACAAUUACUGUCUUAUUUUGUUUAAGUUCCUCCAAAAAAGCAGAGGUGCUUUAUUGAUUGCACUGUGUUGCGCUGGCCCAGAUUCAUUUCUACUAGAGCUCUAUGAUGGAAGAAACGAACAUAAUCUACAACUCUACCUGAGCCAAGUGUUCGCGACCCGCGUAUCGUCCAAAAUAAGACUGGGCGACAGAGGGAGUUGUGGAGAGUGCCUUUUAAACUUUGCUCUUCGAAAGAGGAAACUAUGACGAGCACAAGGGCCACCACUGAGGACAAAACACUGUUGCCGAGAGAGAUAUAUGAAGAAUCAAGCCGUCAAAAAUAGCAAUCAAGAUAGAAGUUGUGAUUUGUGACCAGAAAGAAAGAAUGAGACUCUCUAGUAUGUCAAGAAUAAAUUCCAAGGUUUAUUUAGAGAAAGUGAUCGCUAUGUCAUGCGAGGCAGGUUGUAAUUUAUUAGUCACACUGGUCGGAGUAUUUUAAGAGAUUUUUAAAAAUUACAAUUUAAGCUUUAAAUAUUUCGGUUUUACCAAAAUAAUUUGUCUCAUUCUCAUCACCAGAUAAUGUUUCUCAGUUGUGGCAAACUGUACUGUAAAUUUAAAGUGGAAACAGAUAACACGCUGAAGCAAAAACUUCCUAUUUCUAUUUUCUAUUACAGGUUCAGGGAUUGAUGUUAUAUUGGCCGUUGAUUGCAUUCAGUCGUCUUUCUGUUAUGAAACAGUCACCUGCUGUUUCCGUGUGGUGGGCGGGACCGUAGAGAAACUAAGCCCUUUACUAGAGAAUUACUUGCCUGUCAGAUGAGACCAGUUGUACAUAUGCAGUCCGUAAUCCAAAUUCAAUUUAAACUGAUCGUACACUGCGAAGAAAACGUGAAUUAACUACAUUCAAAAGAGCAUAUUCGAACAUAACGUUCUGAUCUGAGGCUAGUAAAGAAAGUAGAGGGCCAGAUGGCUUCUCCAUAUUGAUGGGUACUGAUCCUGGGUCAGUAGGACCAAGUCUGAUUUUUAAAUUAGCUGAAAACUGAAGCUGGUUCUGUGCAGCUGCUCUGACUUGGCUGCUAAAUACUCGGCACAUUCAGACUUGACGGUAUUAAGCUGGUCGAAUUUUAAUCACAGCCUGUCAGGAACGCAGCACAGCUAAAGGAGGGUUCAUUCCAGUGCUGGACCACAAUGCACCCAACUUUUUUUUUUUUUUUUUUUCUUGAGUACUCCUUUCAUUUUAUUUUUGACGUGUGUGAAUUAUUUCAUUGCGUGUGUGCCUACUACAGGAAAGAGAGCGCUAAUGUAACGAUUUUAAUGGCGUUACUCCGGUCGAAGUUUAACUUGACUGUUUUAACAUGAAGGCAUUUCGGACACAUUUGCAGUGCUAUCCUUGAAAGUUAUCGUCGCUCAAAUCACUGCAGCAAGAGCACGGCCACAUUCCAGCUGUUUCAUUGCUCGUGUAUGUGAAGUUUUAAUUUUUCAUUCUUUUUGUACCCAGAGCCCCUGUUUGCUUCUGACAGCUGAGGAAAUGGAGUCAGUGCGUUUGCAGUUAAUCUCCUGAUCAGUAGAGGUCCCUGUUCUCAAAGCUUUGGCCCGCGAAAGAUUUCUCUCCCAAAGGUCUUACUGCAUCAGCUGGUGCUCACAAAUGCACUAGUGUGAUACCAUUUCAGUCCAGUACCUGUGCACCUGUGUAACAGAUGUGUGCUUGAUGGCAUUUAUGCUCUGUAGAUUAUAUCAGUGUAUGUGUGAGGUUUGGAUGACGCGACGAAAGUGAUGAGUACAGGAUGAUUCACGAGAUUUGUUCAUAAAGAGUUCUACCUAA